UGACAUGUUGCAGCAGAGGAUAUAUAGAGGUUUUGCAUGCCGGUAUGAAGGCAGAUUAGCUUUCUGUGUCUUGAACACUGUGCUUCUCCGAAAAAUGCAAACAGCGUCACUAGCAAAAUGAAGUUGUUCUUUGUUAUAACUUUCGGUCUAAUUGUAAUAUGCCGUGGCGCGGAGGAAUCUCCAGACGAAUUAAAAUUGCUCACAAAAUUAACGCCAAUAAACAGUGAACAGCGCGUAUACUCCGAUAAUCAAGGAGUCACACGUAAUCAAGGAGACUUAACUGCAUCUGCGAGCGAUCGAACGUUUCAUAUACAUAAAGGUUAUCCUGGAUCAAUUGGAGGAUAUCCCCCUGGAUAUCCUGGAGGAUACCCUGGGUCAAUUGGAGGAUAUCCAUAUGGAGUUGGAUCUGUUUAUCCUGGUACACCAUAUCGUGGUAGCAGCCUGAUUCCAGGAUAUAGAGGCUAUGAAUUAGGCUUUGGGCAAGGAGGGCUUAUUGGUGGCGGAUAUCCUGGAUACACUGGGUAUGGCGGAUAUGGAGGUUAUCGAGGAUACGGAGGUGGGGAUUAUGGAAGGGGAUAUUAUCCUGGUGGUUAUGGGGGUUAUGGAGGUUAUGGAGGUUAUGGGGGUUAUGGGGGUUAUGGGGGUUAUGGUGGGGGUUAUGGAGGUUAUGGUGGGGGUUAUCCGGGUUAUGGAGGUUACGGGGGUUAUGGAAGUUAUGGGGGUUACGACGAUAAUAGUUUAGGAUAUGGACGUGGUUCCGGUCGUUAUGAUGGAUACGAUAAUUAUGGCACAAGUUAUGGCUCAACUUAUGCAGCAAGAAGUCCAUACAGUUAUCGCAGUGAUAGUUAUGGAACUUCUCUUAGUAAUCCCUCUGGUUAUCGUGGUUAUUCAUAAACGUGAUUUUACUAUACGCUUUUAGGCGUAUAAAUACUUACAAAUAUUAAAAACAUUUUUUACAAAUUAAUAUAUUUGUGUUAACAUAUCAUAUAUGCUGUUAAUAAUAAACAAUUAAUUAUAUUUUAAUUAAGAUUUGUUGAAAUUUAAUUGCAAGAAUUGUGUAAUAACGUAUCUUCGAUGUAAUACACACAAAAGAAAAUUUAUGACAAUUUUAUAAUGCAAAACAUAUAUACUGUAUUGAAAUAAAACAACUGAUGAUUAUUAUAAUUA